UAGAAGAUAUUGAUUCGGCUUCCGAACGCCAAAUAGUGGGGGCCCACAACCCCUUUUACAAAGUCCACCGUCAACAUUCUGACAUGUAACUUAACCAGGGUUAGUUUUGUAACCCGAAUGCCACCAAACAGCAUUUCCAAUUUUCUCGUCUUUUUAACCCACUGCCUCACUUCUCCGCCAUUCCCAACACACUUCUCGCCCUUCUCCAUCCUUAAUAUUAUUAUUAUUAUUAUUAUAUAAUUAUUCCCUCUUCUGUUGCUUCUGUGUAAAGGAUCCUGUUUUAUUCCCAAUUGAAGGCGAAGGAUGAGUUGCAGCGGCUGCAGAGUGCUUCGAAAGGGCUGCAACGAAGCUUGCGUUCUAAGGUCCAGUCUCCACUGGAUUCAUUCGCCGGAAGCCCAAGCCAACGCCACCUUGUUUCUCGCUAAAUUCUUUGGCCGUAGUGAUCUCUUGUCCUUCAUCGCCGCCGUCCCCCAUCAUCAAAGACCUGCUCUGUUUCAGUCUCUGUUAUUCGAGGCUUGCGGCCGCACCGUCAACCCAGUUAGCGGCGCCGUUGGUCUCUUGUCGAGCGGGAACUGGCACGUCUGUCAGCUGGCGGCGGAAACCGUUCUCAGCGGCGGAGUUCUCCGCCCCAUACCCGGAAUCGAACUUUCGGGAAAUCCCACGCGCAACGUCGAUGAUUCCUCCCUUACUUCCAAUACCGAUGUCUGGACCACCACCGGACAAAAUCUUCAACUCUACCCAUCCACUCCGUCGGAUUUCCGGUGCCUCCCUGAUCUCGCCGUCGCCGCCGUAAGAGCGAAGAAUCAUACCCCGGAGAAUCGGCGGUCUCUAGAUUCCGAAGACUCGAUCAUGACCAGCUUCGGAAGCGGCGACCGACGGAAACAGAGGAAGCUUUUAAAUUUAUUCAUCUGAAAAAGAGAAAAAGAGAAAAAGAGAGAGAGAGAUUAUUGGAAUUUUGUUUUUGAGUUUAGUAGCGCUAUGGCGGUGUUAUAGAGAUAACGACAGCGAAUAAUCCAAUGAGAUUUAAUAAUGAGUUCGUCACACUCAAUCUUGUUCCACCGGUGAGUUGACCGGAGUUCGGACAUAUUUAUCCCUCUCUUUUAAAUAACCUAACCUUUACGGUAA